GCUUUGUGAAGACCGGGCCAAGCUUUCAGGAUUCUAUCGGCAAGUGCCUCAGUGAAAUAUGCAGCUAUCCGCUGCAUGGUAUCCCCAUCAGGACUCAGGAGAGGCGAGUUGGGAGAUUUGCUCAAGGGCAAUAUUUGCAUUUUCAAGGCUACAGGCAGCAACAUGAUUUGCACAAGUGAGCAACAGGUUGAUCAAAUACAAACCCCGCUCUUCAGAUUUAAGUUCUUUAAGCCAUGGGUAUGGUGAUCCUAAGCUAGGUGGAAGCGACAAGAACAGCCAAAUCGUUUCUGGGUUUUGUAAUUGGUCGAGAACCCACAUGGAGCCCCAUGAGUAUUCCAAAGAUUGCUUCUCCAACCUCUCUCUCUUUGCACACAGGACUGUUAUUGUGGGUUUCUUCCUGGGUUUCCUCUGUUUCGAACCCACAGUCAAUUCUGCUUGAUUAAAGUUCCUCUCUUUGUAAGGACUUGUCCAUGGCUACGUUGUCGACAAUGCGUGGGGGGUCCUUUUGUCCCUCUUCGUUUUUCUCUUCCAUUGAGAAAUGGAUUGUUUUGUUGCCUUGGGAGAGAGAAGAUGAGCGACCACAGAGGGAGAGAGAAGAUGAAAGAGAGACACUAAAAUAGUUGGACAUUGCGCUACAGCAAAUAACUUCUUCUUAGCUAAAAUGAGAGUUUUUGCUCUUCAACAUAUUAACUACGUAUUAGUUUCGUGAUCGUUCCGGAAGUCGAGAAUGGCCGACGAAGGAGAGGGCCCAGCGAUAGGGAUCGAUCUGGGGACGACGUACUCGUGUGUGGCAGUGUGGCAAAAUGAUCAGGUAGAGAUCAUAGUGAAUGAUCAGGGCAACAGGACGACGCCGUCUUAUGUUGCCUUUACUGGCAAAGAGCGUUUGGUUGGUGAGGCAGCCAAGAACCAGGUCGCCAGGAAUCCCACAAACUCCAUCUUCGAUGCAAAGCGGUUGAUUGGUAGGAGAUUUAGUGAUUCCUUAGUUCAAAACGAUAUCAACCUUUGGCCAUUCAAAGUCAUUGAAGGUCCUACCGACAAGCCUAUGAUCGUGGUCACUUAUAAGGGUGAAGAGAAGCAUUUUUCUGCUGAGGAAAUCUCAGCUAUUGUCCUAAAAAAGAUGCGUGAGAUUGCCGAGGCCUACCUUGGUACAACUGUUAAGAAUGCUAUAGUCACUGUCCCGGCCUACUUCAAUGACUCACAACGUAAGGCCACAAAGUAUGCUGGAGGCAUUGUAGGACUAAAUGUCAUGCGGAUAAUCAAUGAACCAACGGCAGCUGCCAUUGCUUACGGUCUUGGUAAACCUGACAUUGUUAGGAGAAAUGUGUUAAUUUUUGAUUUGGGUGGUGGUACUACAGAUGUCUCACUACUUACCAUUAACGAUGGUACUUUUGAAGUGAAAGCCGUUGCUGGAGACACUCACCUUGGAGGUAAAGACUUUGACAACAGAAUGGUAAAGCACUUCGUUAAAAUAUUUAAGAAGCAACACAAGGAGGACAUUAGUGGAAAUACCAAAGCUCUAAGGAGGUUGAGAACUGCUUGUGAGAGAGGAAAGAGGGUUCUUUCUUCUGCAAAUGAGACUACCAUUGAAGUUGAUUCUUUAUAUAAUGGUAUUGAUUUCUCCUCAAGUAUUACCCGUGCCAGAUUUGCGGAACUCAAUAUGGACUUGUUUAAGAAGUCUGUUGAGCUUGUGGGGAAGUGUUUGACUGAUGCUAAGAUGGACAAGGGAGGAGUCCAUGAUGUCGUCCUUAUUGGUGGUUCUUCCAGAAUUCCCAAGGUGCAGCAGCUGUUGCAGGACUUCUUUGAUGGAAAGCAGCUUAAUAAGAGCAUCAACCCAGAUGAAGCUGUGGCUUAUGGAGCCGCUGUUCAAGCUGCAAACAUGGCUGGUUUGGGUAAUGAGAAAGUUCAAGGCAUUGUGCUCUUAGAUGUCACCCCUCUGUCCCUAGGGGUGAAGGUAGAGGGAGAUAAGAUGUCUGUUAUGAUUCCGAAGAAUACCGCCAUUCCCACCAAGAUGGAGCAACCCUACUUCAACGCAAAUGACUACCAAACUUCUGCUUUGCUCUCGAUUUAUGAGGGUGAGAGAGUGAAAGUUGUAGAUAACAACUGGUUGGGAGAAUUUAGGCUUUCCCCCAUUCCUGCCGCACCCAAGGGUGCCACUGUAGUUAAAGUAUGUUUUGAGAUAGAUGCCAAUGGUAUCUUGAAUGUUUCUGCUGUAGAGCAAACCACUGGUGUGAGUUGCAAGAUCACCAUCACCAAUGACAAGGCGAAACUGUCCAAAGAAGAGAUUUAUAAGAUGGUCCAGGACUCAGAGAAAUACGAAGUUGAAGAUAAUGAGCACAUGGAGAAUGUUAGGUCUAGGGAAGCUUUGGAGAGCUAUGCCUACAAAAUGAAGAACAUUGUCAAUGAUGAGGAGAUUGGUAACAAGCUUGAUGCUGCUGGAAAGAAAAAGAUUAAAGCUGCUAUUAAGCACGUGAUUCAUUGGUUAAAUGGUAUCCAGCAUGCAAAGGCAGAUGAGUUUGAGGACAAGCUGAUUGGACUAGAGUUAAUCUGCAAUCCCAUCAUUGCAAAGAUAUCUAGACAAGAAUAAGCAAUUGUCCAAACCAUAAUUCUAGUACUUUUGUUGUCAGUUUUUUUGUUCUUGCUUAUCAGUGAAGCAUGUUAUACUGUUUCCUGUUAGUAUGCAUAUAAACUGAUGAAAUCUCAUCAUUGUUUGCUUAAGUCAAUGGCAGCCGAUUCUUCAUCAUUUGAACAACAAAUAAUUUGUCGUCGUUUAAAUGGUGUGAGAAUUAACGGCAACAAGCUCAUUAAACGGCAAGAGAACUGUUUCUAAACGAUAAUCAACUUUAUGGCUGUUU